AGGGUGGGAGAAAGGAGUCCGAAGUCCACGGGCCGGGGCGUACCCUAGGGCCCAUGCGGGUCAGACCCGAGGCGGUGACCGCGGCCGGAGCAGGAUGGGGCGGACCCUCCACUCCCCGCGGGCUGCCUGGGAGGGAAAUGCGUGAGCCCCGUCCUGGCUGCACCGCGCAGAGCGAGCCGGGCCCGGGCGCCCCAUUCUCCUGAAGCGAAGCGGUUAAGAGCACCGACUUUGGAGGACUCCGGGCUGGGAUCCCAGCUCUGUGACCCGGGGCGAGUCACUUAACCUCCCUGAGCCUCCUUUUCCGCAUCUGUGAAGUGGGGCAGGAAAAGAGUUGGAGCGGUGCCAGCGGCAGGCGAACGAGGUGACGGAAAUUAUGCUUAACAACUUCGACAAGGUCCUGGAGCGUGAUGGGAAGCUGGCCGAACUGGAGCAGCGUUCAGAGCAACUCCUGGAUAUGAGCUCAACCUUCAGCAAGACUACAAAGACCCUGGCCCAGAAGAAGCGCUGGGAGAACAUCCGUAGCCGGGUCUGCUUGGGGCUGGUGGUGGUCGGUGGCCUGCUCAUCAUCCUGAUUGUGCUUCUGGCCGUCUUUCUCCCUCAGAGCAGUGACAGCAGUAGUGCCCCACGGACACAGGAUGCAGGCACUGCCUCAGGGCCUGGGGACUGACCCAGCUGGUCCUGAAGCAGAAGCCAAACGGCUGCACUGGCCGGUUCUGGUCUCCAGAGGACCUUGGUGUUUGUUCUCCCUUGACCCACCCCAGUGAGUGCCAAAGGGCAGCCCCAACAUGUGCACCCCUGCAUUUCCUGUCAUGCCACAGACUGGCCCUCGAGGGCAGCCUGCUGUACUGGCCAUGCUGGGCCAGCCCUACCUGGAGCUCAGUAAAAGCUGCUGUUUGAUUAAAAGCUGGUAUCUGUGUGUGAA